AUGGUAUGGAACUAUGAUUAUCCUCCUUCGUCCCGCAUUCCCCGUGCCAGUCAACGCCCUGAUAUCCUCCGUCUCCAGAAUCUCCGUAACCUGGUUGCCGAACGGAACCUGGCCGGCGCUUUCACUUCUUUUGACGCUACCCGUGCUUUGGAAACAUUAAAUCAGGAGAUUGUGGAUCAUCAACUGGACCGGACCCGUGAUCGUACCAACUUCGAACAAGCUCAGUUUGAGCAAGCCCGCACGGCGGUAGAUCGUCAGAUCCAACAUCUCCAGUCGGAAUUAGCGAGCCCCGCAGAGCGGACCCAACACUUCCGGUAUAACCAGCUUCGUUCCGAACGCCCGCCCAGCCGUUUCUCCCCGGACUCUCAUCCUCGCCGCCGAAGUGUGCCCUGGCCUACGUUGGCCCCAAGCCCGGACGCAUCCCGCUCGCCGUCCCUCAUGCCGCCGUCCAGCCAGUCGGACCGUGACGACCAAGGCCGCCAGAAGCGGAGGAAGCUGGACACAGAUGACAACCGGGAGGCCUUUAGAGGAUUUAACUAUGGAUUAUAUGGACAAGUCAUGCCGGGUGAAUUAAAAAUGCAGAUCGCCAGCUGUGACGGAGGAAACUUCGAUUCGCACGGAGCGAGCUCCCGCCCGGAGAAUGUCUUGGCCAGUAACCAGAGCGUCUACUCUACCAAAGAGGACCGCUGCAACCUGGUGCUAUGCCACAGAGAUGAGGCACCAUUCUGUUUAAAAAAGGUCGUCAUCAGAGCUCCCCCUCAGUGCCGGUUUGAUGCUCCAAUCCAAGAAGGGAUGGUUUUCGUCGCCAUGUCUACUGAUGAUCUGUUUAAGCGCACCGCCGAAUGUCAAAUCCAAUAUUCGCCCCGAUGGCGCCGUCGCUCUCGGCGCAGUGGUCUACCGCCUUCCCAGGAAUACCUGACCGGGUACCGACCACCUCCUCCCAAUAUCGAGCGAACUAUCCUCACGGGCCCGAACUCAUACUCUGCUCUAAACUCCUCGGAAGACCCUCGAGCCCAAUUUCGUAUUACCACUGAGUAUCAUGAAAACAACGAGGACAAUGUCUACUCAGACAACGAAGAGGAAGGCUCCCUCGAAUUCAACACCCAGGAGGAACCCACUGAAAGAUACACGUCUGAUACCGAUGAAACGCCCAGUGAUGAGGACGACAUGAAUUAUCUCCGCCGCAGAGUCAUUCAGAAUCAACGCCGCGCCGCCUUGAGUCGUCAUCGCCGCGAGCAGACUCUAGUUCAUCCCCUGCCCAACCCCGCGCAGCCCUCCGCCGAAGUCUUGAAACCACAUGCACGAUUCUUCAUGGAACGCGAGAAGAACAUGGUCACUAUCAAGUUUGAUCCACCUCCAUCCGGUCGGUAUAUUCUGAUCAAGCUCUGGAGUCCGUUCCCCGAGGGCGAUGGCACCAUCGAUAUUGAAAGUAUCAUUGCGCAUGGGUAUGCGGGCCCGCGGUUCUUUCCCAGCAUCGCGGCUCGAUAG